AUGGCUGGGGAGUUUGACUACGAGGUAUCUCGUAAAAUAUGGGAAGCGGCAGUACCUAUCGAAUUCCAAGUGGAGCGUGAUGAUGACUCUGGUGACACGUGCCGGCCAUGUUAUGCUAUGCUUCCACGAUGCAGUUAUUUCUGUCUUCACCUUACUAGGAUACUCGAACAAGUCAGAGCUCGUGAGGAAAGUGUGAAAUUAGAAGCGGACAAAGUGUGGCUAGAAUGUGCUGGCGUUCCAUUGAAGACCUAUUAUCCCGUUGGUGUACUGUUUGAUUUGUAUAAGUCUCCUGAUACGCCUACAGUAACGGUAUUAAUAAAAACUACUCCUCGUCCGGAGGGAGUAUCUUUGGUGUCAAAAGACACAAUGGAAGCGAUGUUCAUGCAAUCCUUGAAAGAAGCAAAUUACCUGAAACGUCCGAAAGAUCAGAUAAUUAGUACCAUGAAAAUUGACGAACAUAAGCAACUCUGGUCAGGACUUAUUCACGAUCGCUUUGAUGACUUCUGGAGUAUCAAUCGACGGCUCAUGGAGUGUACCGAAGAGCGGCCAUUCCAUGACAUUCCCAUUCGCCUUUACGUCACCGGACAGCCAUUCCGUCAAAUACCGCAACCACCCUUCGACGAGAAUGGCGAGCCUCGACUUCUUUCACACGCACUAACUUCACUUUCAUCUGAUCUUGUGGAAAACGGGAAAUAUCGAUUUAUAUCUCACGGUAUCACUUUGCCACUGGAAACACCUCUGAUUUAUUUAGGCAAGAAUUUUGCGUAUCCUGAUAAUUUUGUGCAUGUGUGUGCUGUUCUUGACAACAGCUCCUGA